AUGGAGGCGCGCUGCUGCGGCGUGAGCGAGCGGUCCGUGGGCUGCUGCUCCGUGCUGCUGUGUCUGUGCUGCCGGCGCUGCAGCGAAGUGCAGUUUAACUGGUCAAGAAGGCGAAACUCCUGGCGUCUUUCUUUUUUCUACAGAGUGUUGGCGCUGGUGGCUUUGCUGGGGGCGCUGCUGACGCUGCUGCUGCAGCUGCUGAUCCGCAGCCGCAGCUUCUUCCGCAACUACCGCUGCGGCCCGCGGGCCGUGGGGCUCCUCAGCGUGAACUUCACUUUAACUAUUUGUUUGACUGCAGCAGCAGGCCUUUUCGCUGUGCUAAUGGCCCGGAUUUUGGCCAUGUUUGGCCGCUUUUCCGUGGCGGAGUUCGCGGGCCUGGGGCCCUGGUACGGGCGGCUGGGCUUUCUCUCCAAGUGGGGCCCCUGGGCGGUGGCUCUUAUAGCGGACUCUUUGCUGCUGCUGUCGCUGGUCAACAGCGUUUGGAUCUUUGCUGCGCCCCACGACUGGUGCAGCAGGAGGUGGAACCACGCCGCUGUUGUUGCUGUCGACAACUGCAGAAUCUGGUACGGGAGGCAACGCCUCCUGCCUCUCCACAGGUGCUCUAGGCUUUAG